AUGCUCGAAAAGUCUAAUGUCAAAUCAUCACUUAUUCCUUUCAAAUUGGUUCGCUAUAGUCCUGCUUACGAAUCACAAAUUUUGAUCACCAAAAGGAAACUGACGACUCUCCAUAUUCCGCAUUCACAAAGCAACUUGCAGGCAGUUCAAAUUAAGAGGUCAAAUAAUGUUUCGCCAGAGUCAAAAUUGGCGACAUCUCAAUCCCAUACUAUGAUUCAUUAAAUAAAUUCAUUUUUUAACGAUAUCAGAUACUAUUUCGCAUUAAUCUUUUUAAAAGUUAUAUAAUUUCGCCACAAAAUGAAAAAAAUUCCCCCUUGAGCUCUCCCGGCCCAAGUCCAAAAAUACAGACAAACCUUGGCCUCCUUAAAACUUUAAGCUGGAGAUCAAAACCACUAUUACCCUCCCUAAAGUCUCCUACAAAUACUAGCAAAACUAAUAUCUCUGAAAAGGAUGAAUUAUCAAGCCCAUUGCUAAAAAGCCCUAAAUGGCUUCUUCCAGCCAUCAACCCUGUGAUUUCUACUCUUUUCACUAGCAAAGAAUCUCCUAUUUCUUCCCGCUCAGGUGAAAAAGUAGAUCUUGACGAAAGCAUGUUCCAAAAACGCAAAAAAACUCAAGACUCUACUUAUGUAUAUUGAUCGAUCAGAGACACCUCAGGCCCAAAGCCAAAUAGCAGAGAAAGUUCCCAACUUGUUAUUUUAAAUAACCGUGCCUAUCUUUUCGGAGGACUCAGCCGAGUCAAACACAAUGAUGUCAGAGAACUUGACAUCAUGACCUGGACUUGAACUUAUAUAAACGCCCAAUACCCUCCUCAAGGCAGAAUGGGACACUCAUUAAUCGCUUACAAAAAAAAGCUCGUCAUGUUUGGCGGCAGCACAAAACACAGUGAAAAUUUGGGGAUUCGAAGAUGUACAAGCAAAGUCUAUUUCUUUUCAUUAGGAGAACAGAAGUGGCAGCAGUACCCAGGGUCAGGAGAUGUACCAAGUUCAAGAAGAAAUCACGCAGCUUCAAGCUUGGGGAAGUAUAUGGUUGUAUAUGGAGGUAUGGACCCUGACGGACACUUAUUAAAUGACCUUUCUUUACUCGACAUGAAAACAAAACAAUGGUAUCUCCCUGAUGUAGCGGUCCAAGGAGACCCAGGCUUUCGAUCCCAUGCGACACUUACAGAAGUUUUUGAUGAGGAAAUCAAAAAUAAUUACAGUUAUAAUAUAUUUUCAAUACCGACUCUUACAAAACAGACAUCAAGGAUUGCUAAUAGUGGGUUUUAUCUUUUUGGAGGGCUAAGUGAUGACGGAAGACCUUGCAAUAAACUUCAUGGACUUUUUAUAAGAAAUGGAAAACUGAUAUGGACUGAAAUUUCUGGGAAUGGGAAACCUCCCAUACCGAGAUAUAGUCAUACUGCAUGUGCAAUAAGACAAAAAAUUUAUAUAUAUGGGGGAAGAAAUGACGAUUUAUUCCAAAGUCAUGGGGACUCGUGCCUUGCUGAUUUAUCGGUGUUUAAUGUUGAUCUUUUGCUAUGGGAAAAUGUGGAAAUUGAAGGACAAGUGCCUGAUGGGAGAUGGGGUCACUGUAUGACGGCUUUUGGGUCACAAAUUUUGAUUUUAGGUGGACUUUCACAUAAAAAUUUUAUGACUGCAGAUUUGUCGUGCAUUGAAACUAAUAGAGAAAUUGCGGAAGAAUGGCAUGAGCUUGACAAAAAAAGCGUAAGGAAACAAAUAAAUAUUGGAGAUGAGAUUGAAAAAGUUGUAGAUAGCUUCAUAAAACUGAGAGAAGUGUAA